GGGUCUGAGAAAGGCUACAGUACCAUUCCCGUCAAGGUGUUUUCAGAGGGUAGAAGUAGGCAUACGAAGAAAAAAAGCAUUGGGGGGUGGAAACUAAAUACCUCUGGUUUUUAAACCGCUGUAAUUCUACCAACAAAGAGAAGGGGUCCGAGACUGUUUUAGCUGAACUGAAAUGCGUUUUUAAUCAAAUACAUUCGUUUUGGAUUUUAAACCAGCGUGUUUUUUUUUCAUGCAAGUGAGUAAACUUUCUGAGGGGCGGGUUUACUUUUUGCCCCAGUCUGUCUAUUCGCGUCAAGCAGGCGUCACCACCCCAUUUUUGGGGAGUUGGUGCGCUCCUUACCUCAAACUCAACUGGAUGGAAAUCCGUGGACACCAAAAGUCCCGAGUUAUUUCUGGAGCUUUGUACUGGGUUGAAGGAGGAUAAAAAAGCGGGGGGGGUGUUACUUUUCACCAAUUGUCAUGAUAAUUGUUGUCCAUAGAGAAAUAAGGAAAAAUCCUGCUGUUAUUUUCGCUGGAUGGAACUCAGUAAAAAGGUUACGCUCUGAGUCUGGGUAAAUCCUGCUUCUUGCGCUUCAACCAUCCAGAGGAGGCCAGCCGUAUGAACAGCAUGCUGCCUCUGAAGACCCCUGUCUCACCCCUGGGCUACAGCACAGACUAUCUGAAGUUUAGUAGUGACUACAGACAUGGGGAGGUGGGAGGGGCCAGCAGCGCCAGAGGGAUGCGCUCAGCCUCAGAGCUCCGUGAUUUGAUGGACACCUUACAACGUAAGAAGACCGCCCUGGAGACAAGCCUGCGAGCCAAUGGGGACGCUAGCCCCUCCUACUUCAGUAUGACACAGUCUCCACCCACCACGUCUGUGACCUCACCCACGUCGAUGUGGUCGGCCUAUCAGGAACAGGCUAGGCGCUUCUACGGCUCUGAUCGUCCUCCUCUCUCUGGCAAAGCUGCCGCCCCUCACUCCCCCUCUCGGCGCUCUGACCCCCCUUCCUCCCGAACCUCCAUGACCCGGAAACAAUCAUACCAAUCACAGGACAGCCUGCUCAUCUCCCCUGGCAAUGGGCGACGCCCACUAAACCCAAACUCCUCCCCCCUGUUGUCGAUGCGGAACUGUGGAGGUUCCUCUAACUCAGUGGCCGGUGGUGAUAGCCUCUCCUCUCCUCCACCCUCAUCCCUCUUUCCAACUAGUGGAGCAGCCAGCAUGCCCUCCAGUCCCCGCCUGGGACUACGAAGCCACGGCAACCAUGAGCCGGUGCCUAGCAACCGAACCAGGAAGUACUCUGCAGGUUCUAUAGGCGGCAUAAUGGAAAGUCACAGCUGCUCACUGCCCCGCCUCUGCCCCUCAUCACCUCGUUCCCAUGACAACGGAGCCCUGGCCCUGUUUUCCCUCCCCCUGACCUCUAAUCCUCUACGCAACUCCUCUCACAACAAUAGCCAAAACCAUACCACAAACAACAACUACAAUCAUAACCAAAUCACUAACUUCACCUACAGCCAGGCUCAAAACAUGAACCGGAACCAAGGAGAGGGGGUGGAAUCCAUCUCUCUCUCCAUCCCUGAAUCUCCCACCCAGGCCCCUCCAGACGUGACCUCACCGUCCCUAUCAGGGGGCUCUUCCAGCCCCGGUGUGGCCAAGAUACUCAGCGUCACCUCCACCAGCUCCACCUCCAGCCUUCAGGAGCCAAAGAGGUCAGCCAGCCGAGGAGCCUCCCCUGGACCAGAGCUCUUUCUGGGGGAGAGGCGGAGAGAGCACAGGGGGGGAAGACUGGAGCCUGUGCUAGGAUUAGAGGAACGAAGGCAGUCAUUUGGAAAGGGAGGGGUGGGGCUGGGGGCGGGGUUGACCCCACCAGGGGGGUUCAGGGUGAGGAGUGGCAGUAUCAGCUCCCUGAGUGGGAAGGAAGAACUGACUGACUACCACCAUCGCCAGAGAGACGAGAGACUACGAGAACAGGAAGUGGAGAGACUGGAACUCCAACGGCUGGAGACCAUCCUGUCUUUGUGUUCAGAGCUGGGGCGAUCGGAGCAGGACAGGGAGAAGAGUGUUGGUUCUAGUCCAGGUGCCGGUCUAGCCGAUCUCCAAAAGAUCAACCGGGAACUAGAGAAGCUCCAGGUCUCUGACGACAAAGAGCCAGUAUCAGUCUUCUUCAACUUAACCGUUAACGGAAAUGGUACCGAGGAGCGUCAGGUCAGACAGCGAUGGAGCAGAGAUCCCCGUGACAACAGGGCGGAUUCACCCGUCGUCACUCCACGAAGCUCGGCCUCCUCGCCCACCCCGCAUCUACCGAGGACCAAUCAGGCGCUGGCGGAGGAGGGACGACGGAGGAAGGAAGUGACCCGUGUGGAGGAGGAGAGGAUCCAGGUGCUCAAUAACAUGGACAAGCUGGAACAGAAGAUCAAAGAGCUGGACAACCAGAUGGACGAAUCACUCAGAGAAGUGGAGAUGGAGGGUGCCCUGGUGCAGGCUGAGCAGGAUGCAGAGCUAUCAGCUCUGCAGCAGGAGAGAGAUGCUGUGGAGACACUCGACACCAAGAUGGCCGACAUGGAACAACAGGCACCGGACCAGAAGCCUCAGGACUCUGAGGUGCUGGAGGCUGAGACACAGCGUUUUAAGGACCUGGAGGACCAGCAGAUGGAGAGAGAGAGUCGUCAUAAUGAGGAGAAGGAGACAAGCACACAACACCUUCUCAGAGAGAUCGUUGACUAUCAACUCAGCACCGUCACACGCAAGGGGAGGCUGGUGACCCUGAAGAAGCAGGCGGACCUGAUUACCCAGCAGGCUCAGCGAGAGAAGGAUAGCUUUCUGAAGGAGAGGACCAACCUGCAGAUGAUGCUGCAGAGGGAGAAAGAGAACCAUGCCUCUCUGGAGAGGAAGUAUGCUGACCUCACAGGUGGACGGCACUUCCCUCUCAGUCCCAUCAGUCUCAAGGAGCACUUCCGUUUGCUGGAGGAGAGGAAGAGGUUAGUGAAAGAAGGCGGGGCCCACCCGAGUGACACGUUACCCAGGAAGAAGACCACUGUCACCCCUCAGUUCAGCUGUGUUACACUGGGACACAGCAUGCUUAACAAGUCCCAGCAGCCCCCGGUGCAGAGUUGUAGCUGUGUCAGUAUUCUACCAAGGGCCAUGUCUGUCUCCAGCAAUACAGAUACACACCGUCUGCACAAGGGUCAGGCCACCCGGUCCAACAUGUACCUGGACAGUGGCAACGGCCAGGCCUACGACACCAUGAGCAUGGACAGCUUGGACUCCAUGGACACCAGCAUCUCUGUCUGCUCACCUGACAACGUCUCCUGUGCCAGCACGUCUAAUGUGACCAGACUGGAGGAGAUGGAGCAUCUACUGAGACAGGCCCAGGAAGAGAAGAACCGCCUCAUAGAACACAAGGAGCAAGAGAUGGAGUCGCGCAAACAGGCUCUGGAGGAGGAGAGGAGGAGGGAGCAUCUGGAGAAACGACUGCAGGAGGAGACCAACAGACGACAGAAACUCAUCGACAGGGAGGUGAAACUACGGGAGAAACAGAGAGCACAGUCCCGUCCUCUGACGCGUUACCUGCCGGUGCGUAAGGAUGAUUUUGACCUGAGGGCCCAUAUAGAGUCAGCGGGCCACAGCGCUGACACGUGUUUCCACCUGUCCCUCACGGAGAAGAUCUGUCGAGGAUUCCUGGUCAAGAUGGGGAGAAAGAUCAAGACCUGGAAGAAACACUGGUUCGUCUUCGACCGCAACCGGCGAACGCUCUCCUAUUUCUCAGACAAGCACGAGGCCAAGCUGAAAGGGGUCAUCUAUUUUCAAGCCAUAGAAGAAGUUUACUACGACCACUUAAAGAAGGCAAACAAGAGUCCUAACCCGUGUCUGACGUUCAGUGUGAAGACUCGUGACAGGAUCUACUACAUGCUGGCCCCCUCUCCUGAGGCCAUGAGGAUCUGGAUAGACGUUAUCGUCACCGGGGCCGAGGGAUACACUCAGUUCAUGGUGUAGAAGGUGUAAUACGGCCAGGGUGGAGGGAUACACUCAGUUCAUGGUGUAGAAGGUGUAGUACGGCCAGGGUGGAGGGAUACACUCAGUUCAUGGUGUAGAAGGUGUGAUGUGGCCAGGGUGGAGGGAUACACUCAGUUCAUGGUGUAGAAGGUGUAGUACGGCCAGGGUGGAGGGAUACACUCAGUUCAUGGUGUAGAAGGUGUGAUGUGGCCAGGGUGGAGGGAAUUCUCCAACCGCUGCAUUAACUCUCGCCGGUAACUCUACUGGGAUUGGCCAGUGUUUUUACACAUCAUUAUGUUGAAAAGGUGAUUGGUUGUUGAUUAACUAGGGAUGUACAUAGCAACCACAGGAGGUUGGUGACAUGUUAUGAGUCGUCCUCACCCCAGCAGUCUUCACUGAUAGCAACAUGAUGUGCUGUAGUAAACAAGCAAAACAGAACAGUCAUUAAACUUCCUGGUUAUAUAGGGAUCAAGUUACUGAUAUUUACUCAACCCUUAUGUCCUCUGUUGUGUCCUCCAGUGUAGCCAGAGGUCAAAUCAUCUCUGCAUGGCCUCCCGGGUGGCGCAGUGGUUAAGGGCGCUGUACUGCAGCGCCAGCUGUGCCAUCAGAGUCCCUGGGUUCGCGCCCAGGCUCUGUCGUAACCGGCCGCGACUGGGAGGUCCGUGGGGCGAC